AUGUCUUCCUCUGGCAUCCCUCGUCCACCUCCCCCUCCACGGCGAACGAGCGCACCGCCCGUCGUCGACAAUCGCCCAGCGCCACCGUCGCCGCCCUCUGUCGCCGCCUCCGGGCCGCCCGAGGCCCUGCUCCUCGAACUGCUCGUCGCCAACGGCCACCCCUUCAAGGACCACUGGUCCUACUUCCUCCGCUCGCGGGAGCACCCGGACGUUGGCGUUGUCGUGCACGCGACCGGCGACGUGGCCAACGGCUUCCGCCUUGAGGCUAAGCGCUGCUUCAACCUGGGCGAGCCCGAGAACCAGCCCACCAAGCGCAUCCCGCUGCAGUGGCUGGAAGGGAGGUUCUUCGACGAGCAGGGAAUGAUGAGCGGAGGCGUGUCCAAGUUUGAUGAGGCUCCGGUCGGCGCGUGGGAGGAGAGCGUGCACAAGAUCAGGGCCCCGGGGAAGACCCUGAACACCGUGGGGGACGGGGCGAGCAAGGGAAGAAAGGUGAUGCAGAAGAACUGCCAGUGGUGGAUUGUUCAAUCUGCAGCUCAACUUGUUGCCGAUGGCAUGCUUUCGCCAGAGGUUGCAGCAUAUCUCCGGGUCACUGCGCAAUAA